CUACUUUCAGUUUCUCUAUUACGACCGUAAUUUCCGGUUAUGUGUCGGAAUAAUGAUUGCAAGAACUCGAGCAAUAUCGACUGUGAUUUCUGAGUUUUCUGUGUCUAAGAGGUCAUUUAUAAAACUUUUUCUUCGGACAGGUCGCUGUCACCAAGAGCAGAAUCACCAGACAAGUAUAUAUCAAACACCAGCCCGUGUAUCUUGUCGAAGGGCUGCUUCGAAUUUUACGAAAAUGUCCUCUGUUCACGUGAAAAAUUUCGAACAGGACGACAGACUCCAAAUUUCCCUGGAUCUUGUAAAAGAAGGGAAAACCAAAUCCUUCAACUUAAACAGAUUAAAGACUGAAACCCUCAGUUCUGCCGUAGAGCGGCUUCAAACUAAUCUGGCAAAAAAACUGGUUAAUAAGAAGUCUAAAAAAAAGAAGGCCAAAGUGGAAACUGAAACGGGGACUGCUACUACUACUGUAGGUUCGCUUGAAAAGGAUGAAUCAGAAAUUCCUGUUGCUGUCCUUCACAAUGGGUUGGCUGCAGAUCUUUCUUUGACUAAUAUUGACGCCUGGAUCGACGGUGCUGUUUUAAAAGUGGGUGACGAAGAAAUUCCUGUAUCUUUAAAUCCACCCUCUGCCAAACUGGAGAAAUUGCCUCGUGUUAUAAUGGAAGACUUUCCUUUGUAUCCCUACGCUGAAUUUGAAUUUGUAGAUGUCAAAGAAUGUGAGUUCUUUUGGAAGACUUUCCCGUCAAAGCUUUUACCUAUUGUAAGCAAAAGUGUUUCUUCGGGUGAUAUUGACUUGUCUGAUGCAGUUUCCGGUAAAAGUUACACUCCCACUAGCUCAGAGAGAGACUAUCAUGUCCUUCUUGCUUGCGUCCCGAGGAGUGGGGACAGAGUCGGGAAACUGGAUGCAGUGAUAUCGAGCGCAAAAGUGUCACCUGGUCCAGGGCCUUGUCCAUUUGAAAAACGUUUUGAGUUCACCAACAUACCGUCACAGGAUGGGCUGUUCCGUGUUUUGAGCUACAAUAUCCUGGCUGAGAUGUAUGCUGAUACAGAUGUCGCCCGCACACAGUUGUUUGCCCAUUGUCCACAACAAGCCUUGGACAUGUCCUACAGGAAGCAACUCAUAUUGAAAGAGAUUCUUGGGUACCAAGCUGAUUUACUGUGUCUACAAGAAGUGGACAGGUCGAUAUUCCGGUCGCAUUUGAACCCUGCUCUCAGCUCUAAUGGCUACACUGGACUUUUUCGCUCCAAGGCUGGUCAACUCGGAGAGGGUUGUGCUACCUUUAUGAGGGACAGUAAAUUCAGGUUGGUUAGAGAACUAGACAUCACGAUCUCAGAGUACCUUAGCAGCCAUCCGGAUUGUGUGGAUAUCUGGACGGAAGUUUGCAAGUCGGAGCAGCUGAAACAGAAAGUGGAAGAAAGAUCCUCGAUCUUACAGGUGACUGUGGUAGAGAGUGUGGAGAACCCUGGCAGCUACCUCUGUGUGGCCAACACUCACCUGUACUUCCACCCCAGAGCCUGCAACGUCCGGCUGAUACAGGGGGCCACAGCGUUACGCUACCUGCAGAGUGUCUGUCAGACGUACGAGCAGGAGGGCUCACAGGUGGCCUUAGUGUUUUGCGGAGACUUCAACAGUGAUCCUCUGGUGGGCGUGUACCAGCUCUACACCGCCGGGUGGGUGCCGGCCGACUACCAAGAUUGGGACUCUGCCGGCCCAGAGGAGAAGAUCACAGGCCUGGAGUUGCGACAGCCAAUGAACAUUGAGAGUGCCUGCGGAACGCCCAAGUACACAAACUUCACUCCAAUGUUCAACGAAUGUCUUGACUAUGUCUAUAUCGACGCUGAUAAGCUGAAGGUGGAAUCUGUCGUGCCCAUGCCUGAUCAUGCUGAUGUGGUGGCAAACGCAGGAUUACCCAGCGUUGUGUUCCCCUCUGACCACAUCGCAUUGAUAUGUGAUCUCAAACUGAAAGAUUGAUGAAGUUUUGAAAAUACGUGUUUGUUUUGAUCAUCAACUUGAGCUUUGAAUUUUUAGAUAAGUUUUGUCCUAGACUCAAGACAGUUCUCUGGAAGGUACAGCACUUAGUCCAGUGGUUAAAGUAAAGAAGUAAGAAGGGAUGAAAGAAUGCAGAGGGGGAUGUGCCAAAGGAAAUAUCACACAUAAAGAAAGAGAAAGGAAUUAUUAUGAUUAGAAAUACUCUGUAUGCUUCUCAGGAAAUGGAGAUUGGUUUUGAUAGCUUCAAGUGUGCUGGAGUAAUAAUGUAGAUUGCAAAGCUUUUUGUUUGGUGGGGGGGGGGGGGGAGAAUCUUUGCUAAACAAACGCUAUUUAUUGUCAUGAUUAUUAUUUCUAUUGUUAUUACAGUCAAACCUCAUUUACCCCCCCCCCCCCCCCCCAAUUAUACAGCCAACCCUGCUUACUGCCAGGUUUUGCCAAUAUAAGAUAAGGAAUGCUUAGAUAAACAAUGCACUUUCACAUAGCUAUCUGCCGACUGUCUAAGUUGCACAGUCCUUGUUUAACUAAUGUAAAUUUGCCCUGCCAUACUGAUAGCCUCUUGAUAAUCUUUUUCCCACAAAAAAGACAUAGAGGUAGAGAGAGAGAGAGAGAGAGAGAGAGAGAGAGAGAGAAGACUUGCGGCUCUGAAUACAUGUACAUGUAUAAUCACCAACAAAAAAAGACACUUCUCAAGCACAUAUCAAACUGGAGAAUCAUGUUCCUUCAAGUUCGGCAGUCAGGGACUAUAUAACAGAGGAACUCUGUUGAACCCCCAGCCCCGCUGUUCCGCCAGCUUCAUGCUCGUUUCAAGGGUGGUGGUAUAGUGAGGUUUGACUACAUUAUUAUUAUUAUUAUUUUUUAUUAUUGUAUUUUUAUCUUUGAUGUUCAAGUCUGUUUUCCUCCUUUGUUCUCCGUCGGGCUUGAAAAAAUGUGUUAUUGAUUUUUAAAAACUUUUAUUGACUUAAAUUUGUUUCCAGGGAAUGAUAGUUGAGAAUGGAUUUAUUUUUUAAUAAAAAUUAGUCAAUCUGUCAAAUUUAUUUUUUAGUUGUUUUUUUUUGUUUCUUUGUUUUACUUUUACACCAAAAUUAGGUAAGAUUAAUAGCAGUAGUGACAGUUUUUAAAAUUACUUUCUAUGAACUUGUAUGAUCUUUCCUUGUUAAGAAACUUUUGAAUUUUAUUUUCCCAUUUUUUAAAAACUCUUAAACUCGAGUAGUUGUUGGGGUGUGUUAAUGAAAUGUAAAAGAAGAAUGUCGUAUGCCUUUGCUUCUUAUUAUGGAACUUCAUCCUAUGUAGUCAGCUACAUGAAUUGUAUUCUUUUUCUCCGACUGACUGUAAUUAAAAAUGGUCUAGCAGUAUCUGUGUUUUUGAUGUUUUGAAUUAAUGAAUAAGAGCUUCAGGGCGGUAGAAAUGAAUUACUAACAACAAACCUCUUCUUAUUUUCCUACAGCAAUUACAACCCUUAAAAAGAAAGAUUAGUUUCUCAUUUGGUGUUUUUGUGGAUCUUAAUACCCUGCAAAAUUUGAGAGAGCUGCUAUCUGUUGUGUUUUGUGAUAAAUUAAAAACUUUGAAUUUUGAGAUUA